CCCCCCCCCCCCCCCCCAAAAAAAAAAGCACCUCAUUUCUUAGUUGCUUAUGAAGCAACGUCCUCAACUUGUAGCCAAAAUUCCCUUUGAGAUCUGCAGUUACCGAAUCAAACAAAUUAGAUGGGUUCUAUGAAAGCAUCACUAGGAACGAGAAGUUCAACCAUGUUAGAAACUUCAUGUGGAUAUCUACUUCAAGAAUUGCAGAUGAUCUGGAAUGAAGUCGGAGAAGACCAGUAUGAAAGAGAGAAGGUUUUGCUAGAUUUGGAACAGGAGUGUCUGGAGGUUUAUAGGAGGAAAGUUGAUGCUGCAAACAUAUCCAGAGCUCGUCUGCAUCAGGAAUUGGCAGAAGCCGAGGCUGAAUUUACCCAUCUUCUUUUGUCACUUGGUGAACGGUCACUCCCUGGACGGCCAGAGAGAAUGGGAGGAACACUGAAAGAGCAACUAGAUUCAAUCACACCAGCUCUGCGGGAGAUGCGAUUAAGGAAAGAAGAAAGGGUGAACCAGUUCCGAGCUGUGCAAGGGCAAAUUCAAAAAAUCUCUGCAGAAAUAGCAGGUCAAACAGAGAAUGACUCAUCAUCAAAUAUUACAGUAAACGAGAAUGACCUCUCACUGAAGAGACUUGAAGAGUAUCAAAACGAGCUGCAAAGACUCCAUAAUGAGAAGAAUGAAAGGCUCCAGAGACUGGAGAAGUAUAUAGAUGCAGUCCACCACCUCUCCAGGAUAUUGGGAAUGGAUGCCUCCAAGAUCAUCACUGACGUUCACCCGAGCUUAAAUGGAUUGUAUGGAAUUUCUAAAAACAUAAGCAACAGCAUUUUGGCGAAACUUAACAGCACGGUGGAAUCCCUUGAGAAAGAAAAGCAAAAGAGGCUCGAAAAGCUUCACCAUCUUGGGAAAGCAUUAACGAAUCUGUGGAAUCUUAUGGACACACCAUAUGAAGAUCGUAGAUUGUUUUCCCAUGUUACUGUUUUGUUAUCAGUCUCAUCAGCAGAAGUAUCGGAUCCAGGAAGCCUUACCCAAAAUAUAAUCCAGCAGGCCGAGGCUGAGGUCAAGAGGCUGGAUCAGCUAAAAGCAAGCAAAAUGAAGGAGCUUUUCCACAAGAAACAGAAAGAGCUUGAGGAGAUAUGCAACCAAUCACAUAUGGAGAUUCCUUCAAAAUCAGAGAUGGAUAACAUAGCGAACCUUAUUAAUUCUGGGGAGAUUGACCAUGCCGAUCUCCUCGUGAGCAUGGAUGAACAGAUAUCAAGAGCAAAAGAAGAAGCCUAUAGCAGAAGGACAAUAAUGGAGAAGGUUGAGAAAUGGAUACUAGCAUGUGACGAAGAGAGGUGGCUUGAAGAAUAUAGCACGGAUGAGAAUCGAUACACCGUGAGCAGAGGUGCUCACAGGAACCUGAGACGAGCAGAACGUGCUAGAGUAACAGUUAACAAAAUCCCAGCUUUGGUGGAUUUGCUGAUAGCAAAGACUAGGAGUUGGGAAGAAGAAAGAAAGAAAGUUUUCCUGUACGAUGAGGUACCUCUCCUAGCAAUGUUAGAGGAGUAUAAUGCGUUAAGGAAAGAAAAAGAGGAGGAGAAGCAGAGACAAAGGGAAAAGAAGAAGGUUCCUCAAGUAGUAGUUCAGCAAGAAAAUCUGUUCAACUUGAGGCCAGGCACCAGCAGCCGGAGACUAUCAGACAGGAGCUUGAAUGGAGGUUUAACCAAUGCCAUGCCUUUAAACAGAAGGGUGUCUCUCGGAAUUCAGCAAUUGGGAUCAAAUAGCAUCAACUCAACCACUCAAGCCAUAUCCUUUAUAAAGGAAAGUAGAAAAGCACAGGGAAACAGGAUGUAUGUUCGACCGGGUCUUGUUUCUCAUCUCGGAGAUGAAACGGCUUCAGUAGUAUCAACAUUUUCCGGUCCAUUUUCUCCUUGAAUACUCAGUCCCAUUUGCCUAUGGUAACACUGUAUUUAUGGCUUUCCUUUGUACCAGUUGAGCCAUCUAGAACUACCGAAACUGUGAUUGUGCAAAUAAAAAAGAAACCUAGUUUUGUUGUAUUUUUAAUGCCAUAUAUAUACACUUUCACAAAGUUACCUUAAGUUCUAAGGUAAAUAAGAUUUAUGGUUAAAAUGUGAAGCAUAUUUUUUCUACGAGCUACAGCUCAAUUCAAGAAUUCAAUAAUAUGACUACCAAAUUUUCUUCAAA